AUGGAUGUGACCUUUGAGCCCCAGAGAGGAAGGCCAUCCUUCUCCAUUGAAGUUGGUUACUUCGAUACUGUCACAGAGAUCAAAGAAAAGGUUCAGAAAUACCAAGGAAUUCCCAUUUCUCAGCAAACCCUAGUAUUAAAUGGCCAAGUCCUCCACGACGAACACGACGUUGCCUACUGUCAAAUCUUCCACCAAUCCAAAAUCCAGCUCCUUAUCAACUCCGAUUGUGAUAAACAAACUUGCAAUGUCAAGCUGGAAGACUCAUCCCCGCCCAAGAAGGUCCAUAUCAAUGUCAAGACCCCCAUGUCCAAACUGCAUGUCCCCAUAGAAAUGGACCUAAACGACACCGUGGCCAAGUUGAAGGAGAAGAUCCAAGGCGUGGAGCCGGUUGCCCUCAGCCGUUUGGUGCUGCGUUGCACCGGUAACGAACUACAAGAUCAUCGAUCUUUGAGUGAAUGUGAGAUUUCCGACAAUGCAGAGAUCGAGGUGAGUCUAAGACCGUCCCCAACAGCUGCUGCUUCAGCUGUUGCGGCAACAACGGUGUCCCCACGGUCGAAAAAUAAGUUGAAGUUGAUGGUACUGCCCAAAUGUGGGACUAAAAAGAUUUCGGUGGAGGUGAACGCAUCGGAUAAUGUAGGAGAGCUGAGGAAGGAGCUGCAGAAGUUGCACCAGAGGCUACAUUUUCAUCUGCCUCAAGAGAGUUACUUCUUCAUCUAUAAGCAGAAUGUGAUGGACGAUGACAAGUCCUUUAGGUGGCACCAUGUCGGGCAGGGUGAUACUAUAGAAAUUUUCAAUGGGAGCAUUACUGGUGGAUCCUAG